GCUCUUCCCUCUGCUGUCCGUCGGCUGCUCUUGUUUGUGGGGGUGAUUUGCUCCGAUUUUGGGUAAGAAACAGCCAUGAAUCUCCCUUCUUUAGCUUGAUUGAGCUUGGGUUUAUCUUAAUUGCUCUUGUUCCUCCAAUUUUUGGGUAAACCCGUGAGCUUCCCCUGCACUUGCCGCCGGCUUCUCCCCCUGCUAGGUCCGGUUCUUGCUGAAAAAUUAUGUGAUAGAAAUAGCAUUGUGAUUAGGAAUGAUCCUAAUGAUGAUUUCAGCUUGAAUGUGUGAUAGUCCGGUAUUGAUUCUCGGAUGUUUUGAUUAGGUUCCCGAUCGUUCUGUUAGUUAGUGCGUGACUUGAGUGCUCGGUUUUAUGCGAGUGAGGUAAGUAAAUUUAUGGUAAUGCCCGUACUGUUUUAUAAGCAUGUUUUGAUUUGUUUUUGAAGUGGUGGCGGGACUAAACCCGUUUUACGCGAGUAUAACUGAUUUGAAAUGAUAUUUUUAUGCUUUUCAUGAAAUUGAGCAUGCCUACUUGAAAUUUGAGUGACUAUCCUGAUGAUCUGAAAGUGAUUGUGAAUCGUGAUUUUCCUGUUAACUUCUGCCUGUUUUGUCUCCGAUGUGGUCAUGUUAUUCGUGACCCCACUAGUGGGGGAGAUUUCUUAAGCACAUAAAGAGCUAAUGGAUGCAAUCCUAACACUCCAAAAUAAAGGGAAAGACCUUAUUCUCAAAGGUCAAAAGAUACCCAUUGAGGGCAAUAGCCAAAUAAGAGAAGGCCAAGAAAAAAUUAUUAAAGGCCAUGAGUUAUUAAAUAAGGGACAAGAUGCCCUUGAAGAGGUCAAAGAGCUGAUUGAAACAUUAAUGAGUUUCGGAGUACUUACUACUGUACGAAUCAGCUCUAAAGAAUCUAGCCAUAUGAACUGGGUUUCUCAUAAACCCAGCAUUGGGUCUACGCGGAACCCAACUAGCUUGGAUCAAAACGAGGAGGACGGGGAGGACCACGACAAUCUCCGGUUGGGGCAGCCGGAGCUAUACAAGCAAGCUGAUAAGGAUGAUCCCAAAGCUCUCCUUGAUGGCGUCGAUGUUGCUGGACUCGUUGGAAUCUUGCGCCAAUUAGGCAAUCUAGCUGAGUAUGUUUCUCACGUUCUUAUUUGAUUUUGCCCUUCAAUUUUGGGGAUUGAUGGUGUUUCUAGUGUUGCAUGAAAAAACUUGGAAAUUGAUUUUUGUUUUAAUGUUGAGUUUCAUAGUAUGUAUAGAUUGAACUCUGAAGAAUGUGAAGAUUGAUUGAACUGUAGGGGAAGAAUUUAGGCAAGCUAAAGCUGUAUUGUUUGUUAGUUUUUUUAAAAAUUUAAGGGAAUUGAAUGUCUGAGAAUGUAAUUUCU